ACGUUUAUUCCUCAGUCAUAAGUUAACGUGUCUCAAGUGCGUAUCUGUGUUCAGCACAGAAUUAAUAAAACACAUACGAUCGGCGGUAAUCGAGUCAACGUAAUCAUUUUGUGAGAAGAAUCGUUGUCAGCUAUUCUUAUCUCACACUAAGGAUCUAUCUUGUCUUAUUUACAGACUUUUACUAGUACCCGAAGUACAAUAAAUUUAGCGAGUAAUAUGGUUGGAAUGGCGCAAAGACCCUGGACACCAACAAAAAGACGAGGCCCGAUUGCCGCCGAAUAUAGCAGCCCAGGACCAGCCUGUGUAACUUUACCAUCGUUAAUAGGAAAAACAGUUACAGAUUCUAAACGAGGAAGAGCACCAGCAUUCUCCUUCGGCAGCAGGCAUGCAGCGAAAAAUAAUAGCGCUGGACCUGGCCCUGGGCAAUACAAUGUCACUGGGCUUAGCGCAAAAGGAAAAGAUGCCGCACCAGCCGUAUCGCUAUAUGGUCGAACGAAAUCAACGAAACUCGAAAUUACACCAGCACCAGGCGAUUACAAUCCGUUAAAGGCGGAGAAGAUAAUUCUGGAUAGCUCACCGAAAUAUUCUUUUGGCGUUAAAACGCAAAUCGAGAAGAUCAGCUGUACACCCGCUCCAGAUAUUUAUCAUCCCGAAAAAAUGAGAAUGGAUAAAGCACCGCAGUUCACGUUCGGACUUAGAAUGUCGCUCGAUAAGCCGAGCGACACGCCAGCGCCCGGAACAUACAGCCCAGAGAAGGUGAAUUUGGAGAAGGGCCCGCAGUACAGUUUAACUGGCAAAAACCAAAUAGAGAAAUGCAAUGGUACACCAGCGCCAGGUGCGUAUUGUCCCGAGAAAGUAAAAUUGGACUCAUCACCGAAGUUCAGUUUUGGAUUAAAGCCUGCUGUGGAGAAACCGAACGAUACACCAGCACCAGGUACUUAUAGCCCAGAAAAAGUGAAUUUAGACAAAGGUCCGCAAUAUAGUUUGAGUGGUAAAGGAUCCGCUGAAAAACCCUUAGAUACGCCAGCGCCUGGAACGUAUUUUCCGGAAAAAGUAAGAUUAGAUAAUACACCGCAAUAUAGUUUCGGAAUUAGACAUACCCUGAAUAAACCCAGUGAUACACCAGCACCUGGAACUUACAGUCCAGAGAAAGUAAACUUAGAUAAAGGACCACAAUAUAGUUUAACUGGCAAAGGGCUUGCAGAGAAAUUUAUUGAUACACCAGCGCCUGGAACUUAUAGCCCAGAGAAGGUAAAUUUGGACAAAGGACCGCAAUACAGUUUAACUGGCAAAGGAUUCAUUUCGAAAGCUAACGAUGUUCCUGCACCUGGCACAUAUAGCCCUGAAAAAGUAAAUUGGGACAAAGGACCGCAGUAUAGUUUAGUCGAAAAAUUAAAUGACAAUCCAGGCCCUGCUGAUUAUAAACCAGAGAAAGCUCUAAAUCUGGAACAUAAACCUUAUUACAGUUUUGGUGAUAGAAAAACUUUGGAUAAACCUAAAGAUACACCAGGCCCUGAUAAAUACAAUCCAGAAAAAGUUCAACAUUUGGAACAUAAACCUUAUUUUAGUUUCGGUAAUAGAAAGCCUUUGUAUAAGACUAACGAUAUACCAGCUCCCGGUACAUACAGUCCUGAAAAAAUAAACAUGUCUAAGUCGCCGCAAUAUAGUUUCGGCAUUAAAACUGAGAUUUGUGAGAAAAGCACUAUACCAGGUCCUGGCGAAUACAAUCCAGAAAAGACAAUGCUUUUGUUGGAAAAAGCGUUGCAAUUUACUUUUGGCCUUAGACCACCCUUGAAUAGAUCAAACGAUGUUCCAGCACCCAAUAUCUAUAACAUUCCUUCUGCCCUCGGCGGAACUAAAGAGGGUAAUAAAAAAGCAGCCCCUGCCUAUUCAAUAUCCGGUAGGCAAAAAGUUUUUACGGACGAUCGUGUUCUCGUACCUGGACCAGGUGCAUACGAGUGCAUUAAACCAGACACAAUCAGAAUGAAAAGUCCAGCAUAUAGCAUGAGUGCGCGUUUUUCCCUGCCCGACGAUCACUCGCAGAUCCCAGGACCUGGAGCACACUGCCCGGAAAAGUAACAACCCCACUCCGUCACGACUACGACAAUUACAUCUCGUCCUGUUUCGUUCUCUACCAUAGCCCUUAGAA